AUGAUGAUUGCUCAUAGAAAAUAUAUUUCAAUGAUAUUUUGUACAGUAAUAUAUAUUGUUUUAUUGUUACCAAAUGGUAUUGAAUUGUAUGACUCAAGUUUAGUCUCAAAAAAUUUAAUUGAUGGUGAUAUUUUUUCUCAAACUUAUACAUUUUCAUAUAAAUUUAUUUUUUUUGUUUUUGUAUGGCCACAAAUAAUUUCCCCAUUUGUAACAUUCUUUUUUAUUUUUGAAAUUAUAAGAAAAGUAAGAAAUAGAUGUGGUCAAAGUAUUACAUUAUCAAGUACAGAUAAAAUGACAAAAAAUGUAACUAUUUCAUUAAUAAUAUGUUCUAUACCACCAAUAGUUGCCUCAUUAUUAACAUUUCUACUUCAUUUUUUGUUUUUUUUUAAAAUAGCUCAUGUUUCACGUUCAUUAUGGAAUAUCUCUGAAAUAUUAUUAUCAUUUAUUGGUGGAUCAAAUCCAAUAUUUUUGGUUUGUUUUAUGAAACCAUUUCGUCUUGCUAUUCUUGAUUUUGUCAAUCCAAAUAUGGUUCAUCAUUUACAAACAAAAAAAACAUGUAACAAAAUAAAUGGUUUUACAACUAUUAAAAAAAUUGUGGUUGUAGAUAAAAAUGAAUGUGAAAAAUUGGAAGGAUAA